ACCGAGGGCAUCGUGUUUUCUAACGGGCAGCGCUGGCAGAGGCUGCGCAAUUUUGCAAUCGGAGCGCUCAAGGAGUUCGGCUUGGGUACGCGGACCAUCGAGGAGCGCGUCCUGGAGGAAGCGGCAUGUCUGCUUGAGGAAUUCCAAGCCACCAAUGGAGCCCCAUUGGACCCCCGGAGACUGCUCGAUAGCGCCGUAGCAAACGUUAUCUGUUCCGUGGUGUUCGGGAACCGCUAUGGCUAUGAGAACCCGGAGUUCCUGAGGCUUCUGGAUCUCUUCCUUGAUAACUUCCACAUCAUGAGCACUAGAUGGGGAGAGAUGUACAACAUUUUUCCUUCCCUGCUGGACUGGCUCCCGGGCCCCCACCACCAAAUCUUCCGAAACUUCGCUGAGCUGCGGGUCUUCAUCUCCGAGCAAAUCCAGCGGCACCGGGAGACACGGGAGCCUGGAGAGCCCCGGGAUUUCAUCGACUGCUUUCUCGACCAAAUGGAUAAGGAACAGGACCACUUGGACACCUAUUUCCAUGAGGAGUCCCUGGUGAUGACCACGCACAAUCUUUUCUUUGGGGGCACCGAGACCACGAGCACUACCCUGCGUUAUGGGCUCCUCAUUCUGCUCAAGUACCCGGAGGUGGCAGCCAAGGUGCAAGCUGAGUUAGACUCCGUAGUGGGUCGCAGCCGCACCCCAAGCCUAGAUGACCGCCAGCACCUGCCCUACACCAACGCUGUGCUGCAUGAGAUCCAGCGUUUCAUCAGCGUGCUGCCCCUGGGACUGCCCCGUGCCGUCAUCCGGGACACCCACCUGCGAGGCCACUUCCUGCCCAAGGGCACCUACGUGAUUCCUCUACUGGUGUCUGCUCACUGGGACCCCAGCCAGUUCAAGGACCCUGAGCACUUCAACCCUGGCAACUUCCUGGACGAUAAGGGCGAGUUCCAGGGCAAAGAUGCCUUCAUGCCCUUUGCCCCAGGCAAGCGGAUGUGCCUGGGUGCGGGCCUGGCCCGGUCCGAGAUCUUUCUCUUCUUCACGGCCAUCCUGCAGAGGUUCAGCCUGCGCCCCGUUGGGAGCCCGGCCAACAUUGACCUCACCCCGCAGUGCACCGGCCUGGGCAAUGUGCCCCCAGCCUUCCAGCUCCACCUGGUAGCCCGCUGA